AUGCCACCCGUCAUGGCAGACUACGAGCAGGAACAGGAGAUGGAGUUGGAGGCCCUGCAGGCCAUCCUCAUGGACGACAUCAAGGAGAUCGACCCCAGCGAAAGCGGGAUCGACACCAACUCCCGCUGCUUCGAGAUCCUGCUAUCCCCUCAGGAUGAUGAUUUCGACGAGGCAGCUCAUGUACCAGUUCAAAUGGCUCUGGUUUUUGCACACACUGAGAAGUACCCAGAUGAGCCUCCACUUGUGAAUAUCAAAAGUGUACGGGGUAUUAAACCAGACGACCUCACAUCCUUGAAAGAAAAGCUUGACCAAGAGGCAACUGAGAAUCUUGGUAUGGCUAUGAUUUAUACUCUUCUCGACUCGGCUAAAGAAUGGUUAACUGAAAAAUAUGGUCAAAAUGCUGGAGAUGAGGAACCUGACGAAACUGAAGAACCAGCAGAGGAGGUCAUUAUACCCCAUGGUGAAGCUGUUACUGUAGAGAGCUUUAUGGCCUGGAGGGAACGUUUUGAAGCUGAAUUGGCGCUGCAGCGUGCUAAGCUAAUGCCAGAGUCAGCUCUUACUGCCCCAAAGGAAAAGAAACUCUCUGGAAGACACUAUUUUGAAAGUGGAAGGCAUAUAACGAAAGGAGCAGGUACAGUUGCUGAAGAAGAUGAGGAAGAGGAGGAGGAGGAUAUCGAAUUCGAUGACGAUUUUGAAGAUGACGAGGAGGACAUGCUCGAGCAUUUUUUAGCAGAACAGACGGGGAAAUCGUCAGCUUAG